UAAAUCGGCAGUUGUUCCUUGCACUGUGCCCCGCUUUUCACAGGAUACAGCUCCAGGUGCUGAUCUGAUCCCCAUUUGACACGAUGUGUGACGACGAGGAGACCACUGCUUUGGUGUGCGACAACGGCUCCGGGCUGGUGAAGGCCGGCUUCGCCGGUGAUGACGCACCCCGCGCCGUGUUCCCCUCUAUUGUCGGCCGUCCCCGUCACCAGGGUGUGAUGGUGGGUAUGGGCCAGAAGGACUCAUAUGUCGGCGACGAGGCCCAGAGUAAGAGGGGUAUCCUCACCCUGAAGUACCCCAUCGAGCACGGCAUCAUCACCAACUGGGACGACAUGGAGAAGAUCUGGCACCACACCUUCUACAACGAGCUGCGCGUGGCCCCCGAGGAGCACCCCACCCUGCUCACUGAGGCACCCCUGAACCCCAAGGCCAACCGCGAAAAGAUGACCCAGAUUAUGUUCGAAACCUUCAACGUCCCUGCUAUGUACGUCGCCAUCCAGGCUGUCCUUUCCCUGUACGCUUCCGGACGUACCACAGGGAUUGUGCUGGACUCUGGUGAUGGUGUGACCCACAACGUCCCCAUCUAUGAGGGCUACGCGCUCCCUCACGCCAUCAUGCGCCUGGAUCUGGCUGGUCGCGAUCUGACAGAUUACCUCAUGAAGAUCUUAACAGAACGUGGCUACUCUUUCGUUACCACCGCCGAGCGUGAGAUCGUGCGUGACAUCAAAGAAAAGUUGUGUUACGUGGCUCUUGACUUUGAAAACGAGAUGGCCACCGCGGCGUCUUCCUCAUCCCUGGAAAAGAGUUACGAGCUGCCUGACGGUCAGGUCAUCACCAUCGGCAAUGAGCGGUUCCGCUGCCCCGAGACACUUUUCCAGCCCUCCUUCAUUGGAAUGGAAUCUGCCGGGAUUCACGAAACCACCUACAACAGCAUCAUGAAGUGUGACAUUGACAUUCGCAAGGAUCUCUACGCCAACAACGUCUUGUCUGGUGGUACUACCAUGUACCCCGGUAUUGCUGACCGAAUGCAAAAGGAGAUCACCGCCUUAGCUCCAAGCACCAUGAAAAUCAAGAUCAUCGCCCCCCCUGAGCGGAAGUACUCGGUCUGGAUUGGCGGCUCUAUCCUGGCCUCCCUGUCCACAUUCCAGCAGAUGUGGAUCAGCAAACAGGAGUACGACGAGGCCGGUCCUUCCAUCGUGCACAGGAAAUGCUUCUGAGCGCAGAAAAACCCAAUUAACGCCCACCUGGUGAUGUCAGCCGCCAUCUUCUUACGGAUGUCAGGUUUCGAACGUUACUGCUGCCUUUCGUCGACCCCUCCAGCGUGACCAACACUGUGGCUUCCAAAGUCAAAAAUUCAGAAAACGUUAAUGAACCUUUGUCGAUGUACAGUUUGUUUACAAUAAAGUGCAUUUUUAUGUAGAUAUUUAUUGGUUUAUAAAUAAACAAGACCCAGUACUUUCAAAGUCCUUUGUCUCUCAGUCAUUCUGCCUACGAUC